AUGUCAGACAUUGACGACGAUUUCAUGUGCGACGAUGAUGAUGAUGAUUACGGAUUGGAAUACUCCGAAGACAGCAACUCGGAACCGGAUGUGGAUUUGGAAAAUCAAUACUACAACAGCAAGGCCCUGAAAGAGGAAGCUCCCCAAGAUGCGUUGAAAUCGUUCCAAAAGGUGCUGGAUCUGGAGAAUGGCGAGAAAGGCGAAUGGGGCUUUAAGGCGCUCAAACAGAUGAUAAAGCUAAACUUUAAGCUCCAAAACUAUCAGGAAAUGAUGGCACGCUACAAACAACUGUUGACGUACAUCAAGAGCGCUGUAACGCGAAACCAUUCGGAGAAGUCGAUCAAUUCGAUUCUGGAUUAUAUUUCUACGUCAAAAAAUAUGGAACUGUUACAAAAUUUCUAUGAAACUACGCUGGAAGCACUGAAGGAUGCGAAAAACGAUCGGCUAUGGUUCAAAACAAACACCAAACUAGGCAAGCUGUACUUCGACCGGAAUGAUUUCGGCAAGCUGCAGAAAAUCCUCAAACAGUUGCACCAAUCCUGCCAGACGGACGAUGGUGAAGACGAUCUGAAGAAGGGCACACAGCUACUCGAGAUAUACGCCCUCGAAAUUCAAAUGUACACGGUACAGAAGAACAACAAAAAGCUGAAGGCACUGUACGAGCAGUCGCUGCACAUUAAGUCCGCCAUUCCGCAUCCGCUGAUUAUGGGCGUGAUUCGGGAGUGCGGUGGCAAGAUGCAUCUGCGGGAGGGUGAGUUCGAGAAAGCACACACGGACUUUUUUGAGGCGUUCAAAAACUACGACGAGUCCGGAUCGUCCCGCAGGACGACCUGCUUGAAGUACCUUGUGCUAGCGAACAUGCUGAUGAAGUCCGGCAUCAAUCCGUUCGAUUCGCAGGAAGCGAAACCGUACAAGAAUGAUCCGGAGAUUCUGGCCAUGACGAAUCUGGUGAUGGCGUACCAGAACAAUGACAUCAUGGAGUUCGAAGCAAUCCUGCGCAACAACCGGAACAACAUUAUGGCGGAUCAGUUUAUACGGGAGCACAUCGAGGAUUUGUUGCGCAACAUACGUACGCAGGUGUUGAUCAAAUUGAUCCGACCGUAUACAAAGAUUACGAUUCCUUUCAUAUCGAGCGAGCUGAAUAUUGAACCGGCCGAGGUGGAAAGUUUGCUUGUUUCCUGCAUACUGGACAACACGAUCCAGGGACGUAUCGAUCAGGUAAAUCAAGUACUGGAAUUGAACAAAGAAGCCCGUUGCGGCGAACGAGAUAUUGCCAUCGAGAAGCUGGCCACGCAGAUUAAUUCCGUACAGGCGGCCAUUAUCAACAAGAUGGCCUGA